UCUUUUUCAUUUUGGGCAGGUUCUGAAAUUGAGAACAUUCCCAAGCAAAUCAGAGGAGCCAGCAGUUUUCUAGUAACCACAUGUAAAUCUUCAGCUUAUUUGGUAUUAACAGUGAAGCAAUCCACUGGAGAAACGAUACUUUAAAGGUUUUGGUGCAUCCAAGGUGUGUCAUCUUGCGUUUGCACCACCCCUCCUAUUUUACACACGGAGCCUGGCUUUUUUUUUGUCAGGCAGUUGGGCAGGAGCGGAUUCUUGUAUGACAGCUCAGAGCUUCCCUUCUGUUCCAGUGCUGGGGACUGCGUGUCGUGAAGAUGGUACAGUGGGAGCCUGUUUCUGAAGAGCCAAAGGAAAAGAUGUGGAAAUGGAGUAGAGAUUGUUAGAAUUCUGAACGUCCACACUUUGGGGAUGGGUUGCACUACUAGUGUGAUUCUGUUUAAAGGCAUCCGCACCGUCUUUGAAAGAAACUGUGCUUACAUGUGCAAACAGCAAGGAGAGAAUAAUGCCCUUGAAUACACAGCAUACCACUGGACGAAAGAAGAUUCAGAACUAUGGAUCUCCUCCUGUCUGGCAAAGCCAAAGCUAAUUGAGCCAUUAGAUUAUGAAAAUGUCAUUGUCCAGAAGAAGACUCAGAUCCUGAAUGACUGUUUAAGGGAGAUGCUGCUGUUCCCUUAUGAUGACUUUCAGACCGCCAUCCUGAGACGUCAGGGCCGGUACAUAUGCUCAACAGUUCCCAGGAAGGCAGAAGAGGCAGCACAGAGCUUAUUUGUUACAGAGUGCAUCAAAACCUACAACUCCGACUGGCAUCUUGUGAACUAUAAAUAUGAAGAUUACUCGGGAGAGUUUCGACAGCUUCCAAGCAAAGUGCCCAAGUUGGAUAAACUUCCAGUUCACGUCUAUGAAGUUGACGAGGAGGCUGACAAAGAUGAGGAUGCCGCCUCCCUCGGAUCUCAGAAGGGUGGGAUCACCAAGCACGGGUGGCUGUAUAAAGGCAACGUGAACACUGCCGUCAGCGUGACCAUGAGGUCGUUUAAGAGACGAUUUUUCCACCUGAUUCAACUUGGUGAUGGAUCCUAUAAUUUGAAUUUUUAUAAAGAUGAAAAGAUCUCCAAAGAACCAAAAGGAUCAAUAUUUCUGGAUUCCUGUAUGGGUGUGGUUCAGAACAACAAAGUCAGGCGUUUUGCUUUUGAGCUGAAGAUGCAGGACAAAAGUAGUUAUCUUCUGGCAGCAGAUAGUGAAGUGGAAAUGGAAGAGUGGAUUGCAACUCUAAAUAAGAUUCUCCAGCUCAACUUUGAAGCUGCAAUGCAAGAAAAGCGAAAUGGAGACUCUCAUGAAGAUGACGAACAAAGCAAAUUGGAAGGUUCUGGUUCCGGUUUAGACAGCUACCUACCUGAACUUGUCAAGAAUACCAGAGAAGCUGAAAUCAAACUGAAAAGUGAAAGCAGAGUUAAACUUUUUUACUUGGACCCAGAUGCCCAGAAGCUUGACUUUUCAUCACCUGAGCCAGAAGUGAAGCCAUUUGAAGAGAAAUUUGGAAAAAGAAUUCUUGUCAAGUGCAAUGAUCUGUCUUUCAAUUUGCAAUGCUGUGUUGCCGAAAACGAAGAAGGACCCACUACAAAUGUUGAGCCUUUCUUUGUUACUUUAUCCCUGUUUGACAUAAAAUACAACCGAAAGAUUUCUGCCGAUUUCCACGUGGACCUGAACCAUUUCUCUGUGAGGCAGAUGCUGGCCACCACGUCCCCAGCCCCUGUGAAUGGCAGCAGGCAGAGCCCGUCUGUCCUUCAGGGCAUCCUUCAUGAAGCCGCCAUGCAGUACCCGAAGCAGGGAAUAUUUUCAGUCACGUGUCCUCAUCCCGACAUAUUUCUCGUGGCUAGAAUUGAAAAGGUCCUUCAGGGGAGCAUCGCACAUUGUGCUGAGCCAUAUAUGAAAAGUUCAGACUCUUCUAAGGUGGCCCAGAAGGUGCUGAAGAACGCCAAGCAAGCCUGCCAAAGACUGGGACAGUACAGAAUGCCAUUUGCUUGGGCGGCAAGGACAUUGUUCAAGGAUGCAUCUGGAAACCUUGACAAAAAUGCCAGAUUUUCUGCCAUCUACAGGCAAGACAGCAAUAAGCUAUCCAAUGAUGACAUGCUCAAGUUACUUGCGGACUUUCGGAAACCUGAGAAGAUGGCUAAGCUCCCAGUGAUUUUAGGCAAUCUAGACAUUACAAUUGAUAAUGUUUCCUCAGAGUUCCCUAAUUACGUGAAUUCAUCAUACAUACCCAUGAAGCAAUUCGACCCCUGUGCUAAAAUUCCAAUCACGUUUGAAGUAGAGGAAUUUGUGCCCUGCAUACCAAAACACACUCAGCCUUAUACCAUUUACAAUAAUCACCUUUACGUUUAUCCUAAGUGCUUGAAAUACGACAGUCAGAAGUCUUUUGCCAAGGCCAGAAAUAUUGCUAUUUGCAUUGAGUUCAAAGAUUCAGAUGAGGAAGACUGUCAGCCCCUGAAGUGCAUUUAUGGCAGACCUGGUGGGCCAGUAUUCACAAGAAGCGCCUUUGCUGCGGUUUUACACCAUCACCAAAACCCAGAGUUUUAUGAUGAGAUUAAAAUAGAACUACCCACUCAGCUACAUGAAAAGCACCAUUUGUUGUUCACAUUCUUCCAUGUCAGCUGUGAUAACUCAAGUAAAGGAAGCACAAAGAAGAAGGAUGUUGUUGAAACCCAAGUUGGUUAUUCCUGGCUGCCGCUGUUGAAGGAUGGAAGGGUGGUGACCAGUGAGCAGCACGUCCCUGUCUCAGCUAACCUUCCUCCGGGCUACCUUGGCUACCAGGAGCUGGGGAUAGGCAGGCAUUAUGGUCCAGAAAUUAAAUGGGUAGAUGGAGGCAAACCACUGUUGAAAGUUUCAACUCAUCUGGUUUCCACGGUGUAUACUCAGGAUCAACACCUACAUAAUUUUUUCCAGUACUGUCAGAAAACUGAAUCCGGAGCCCAAGCCUUAGGGAAUGAACUUGUAAAAUACCUUAAGAGCCUACAUGCCAUGGAAGGCCAUGUGAUGAUCGCCUUCCUGCCCACCAUCUUGAACCAGCUCUUCCGAGUCCUCACCAGAGCAACGCAGGAAGAAGUCGCAGUGAACGUGACGCGGGUCAUUAUCCAUGCGGUUGCCCAGUGCCAUGAGGAAGGACUAGAGAGCCACCUGAGGUCGUACGUUAAGUACGCAUAUAAGGCUGAGCCGUAUGUUGCUUCUGAAUAUAAAACAGUGCAUGAAGAACUGGCCAAAUCCAUGACCACAAUUCUCAAGCCUUCUGCCGAUUUCCUCACCAGCAACAAACUACUGAAGUAUUCCUGGUUUUUCUUUGAGGUGCUGAUAAAAUCCAUGGCCCAGCAUUUGAUAGAGAACUCCAAAGUUAAGUUACUGCGAAACCAGAGAUUUCCCGCAUCCUAUCAUCAUGCAGUGGAAACGGUUGUGAAUAUGCUGAUGCCACACAUCACUCAGAAGUUCCGAGAUAACCCAGAGGCAUCUAAGAAUGCAAAUCAUAGCCUUGCUGUCUUCAUCAAGAGAUGUUUUACCUUCAUGGACAGGGGCUUUGUCUUUAAGCAGAUCAACAACUACAUUAGCUGCUUUGCUCCUGGAGACCCAAAGACCCUCUUUGAAUACAAGUUUGAAUUUCUCCGUGUGGUGUGCAAUCAUGAACAUUAUAUUCCUUUGAAUUUACCAAUGCCCUUUGGAAAAGGCAGGAUUCAGAGAUACCAAGCUUUUCUUUCACCAGCUGUGGAGUCCCUUGACACUCCUGUAGACCUUCAGCUUGACUACUCAUUAACAGACGAGUUCUGCAGAAACCACUUCUUGGUGGGACUGUUACUGAGAGAGGUGGGGUCUGCCCUCCAGGAGUUCCGGGAAGUCCGUCUGAUCGCCAUCAGUGUGCUCAAGAACCUGCUUAUAAAGCAUUCUUUUGAUGACAGAUAUGCUUCCAGGAGCCACCAGGCAAGGAUAGCCACUCUCUAUCUGCCUCUAUUCGGGCUGCUGAUUGAAAACGUCCAGCGGAUCAACGUGAGAGAGGUGUCGCCCUUCCCCGUGAACCCAGGCAAUACUGGGAAGGACGAAUCCCUCGCUCUACCAGCUGUGAAUCCACUGGUGACGCCGCAGAAAGGAAGCACGUUGGAUAACAGCCUGCACAAGGACCUCCUGGGCGCCAUCUCUGGCAUCGCUUCUCCGUAUACGACAUCAACUCCAAACAUCAAUAGCGUGAGAAAUGCUGACUCAAGAGGGUCUCUCAUAAGCACUGAUUCGGGUAACAGCCUUCCAGAGAGAAACAGUGAGAAGAGCAAUUCUCUGGAUAAGCACCAACAAAGUAGCACUUUGGGAAAUUCUGUGGUUCGCUGUGACAAACUUGACCAGUCUGAAAUUAAGAGCCUGCUGAUGUGUUUCCUCUAUAUCUUAAAAAGCAUGUCUGAUGAUGCUUUAUUUACGUAUUGGAACAAGGCUUCAACAUCUGAACUUAUGGAUUUUUUCACAAUAUCUGAAGUCUGCUUGCACCAGUUUCAGUACAUGGGGAAGCGCUACAUAGCCAGGAACCAGGAGGGGUUGGGACCCAUAGUUCAUGAUCGAAAAUCUCAGACAUUGCCUGUUUCCCGUAACAGAACAGGAAUGAUGCAUGCCAGAUUGCAGCAGCUGGGCAGCCUGGAUAACUCUCUCACUUUUAACCACAGCUACGGCCACUUGGAUGCAGAUGUUCUUCACCAGUCACUGCUGGAAGCCAACAUCGCCACUGAGGUUUGCCUUACAGCUCUGGACACUCUCUCUCUGUUUACAUUGGCGUUUAAGAACCAGCUCUUGGCUGACCAUGGACAUAAUCCUCUCAUGAAAAAAGUUUUUGACGUCUACUUGUGUUUUCUUCAAAAACAUCAAUCAGAAACAGCUUUAAAAAAUGUCUUCACUGCCUUAAGGUCCUUAAUUUAUAAGUUCCCCUCCACAUUCUACGAGGGGAGAGCGGACAUGUGCUCCGCUCUGUGCUAUGAGAUUCUCAAGUGCUGCAACUCCAAGCUGAGCUCCAUCAGGACCGAGGCCUCACAGCUGCUCUACUUCCUGAUGAGGAACAACUUUGACUACACUGGAAAGAAGUCCUUUGUCCGGACGCAUUUGCAGGUCAUUAUUUCUGUCAGCCAGUUGAUAGCAGAUGUCGUUGGCAUUGGGGGAACCAGAUUUCAGCAGUCCCUGUCCAUCAUCAACAACUGUGCCAACAGUGACCGGCUCAUCAAGCACACCAGCUUCUCCUCUGACGUGAAGGACUUGACCAAAAGGAUACGCACAGUUCUGAUGGCCACCGCCCAGAUGAAGGAGCACGAGAACGACCCGGAGAUGCUGGUGGACCUCCAGUACAGUCUGGCCAAGUCCUACGCCAGCACACCCGAGCUCAGGAAGACAUGGCUUGACAGCAUGGCCAGGAUCCACGUUAAAAACGGGGAUCUCUCAGAGGCAGCAAUGUGCUAUGUCCACGUAACAGCCCUGGUGGCAGAAUACCUCACACGGAAAGGCAUGUGUAGACAGGGGUGCACAGCUUUCAGGGUCAUCACCCCCAACAUAGAAGAGGAGGCCUCCAUGAUGGAAGAUGUUGGGAUGCAGGACGUCCAUUUCAACGAGGACGUGCUGAUGGAGCUCCUUGAGCAGUGCGCAGAUGGACUCUGGAAAGCCGAGCGCUACGAGCUGAUUGCUGACAUCUAUAAACUCAUCAUCCCCAUUUAUGAGAAGCGGAGGGAUUUUGAGAGGCUGGCCCAUUUGUACGACACGCUGCACCGGGCCUACAGCAAAGUGACCGAGGUCAUGCACUCGGGCCGCAGGCUCCUGGGGACCUACUUCCGGGUGGCCUUCUUUGGACAGCAAUACCAGUUUACAGACAGUGAAACAGAUGUGGAGGGAUUCUUUGAAGAUGAAGAUGGAAAGGAGUAUAUUUACAAAGAACCCAAACUCACCCCUCUAUCAGAAAUUUCUCAGAGACUCCUUAAACUUUACUCAGAUAAAUUUGGUUCUGAAAAUGUCAAAAUGAUACAAGAUUCUGGCAAGGUCAACCCUAAGGAUCUGGAUUCCAAGUAUGCGUACAUCCAAGUGACUCAUGUGACCCCAUUCUUUGAUGAAAAAGAAUUGCAAGAAAGGAAAACAGAGUUUGAAAGAUCACACAACAUCCGCCGCUUCGUGUUUGAGAUGCCCUUCACCCAGGCAGGGAAGAGGCAGGGUGGAGUAGAAGAGCAGUGCAAACGGCGCACCAUACUGACAGCAAUACACUGCUUCCCCUACGUGAAGAAGCGGAUCCCCGUCAUGUACCAGCACCACACCGACCUGAACCCCAUCGAAGUGGCCAUUGACGAGAUGAGCAAGAAGGUGACAGAACUCCGGCAGCUGUGCUCCUCGGCCGAGGUGGACAUGAUCAAGCUGCAGCUCAAACUACAGGGCAGUGUGAGCGUUCAGGUCAAUGCUGGCCCCUUAGCGUAUGCCCGAGCUUUCUUAGAUGACACAAACACAAAAAGAUACCCUGACAAUAAAGUGAAAUUGCUUAAGGAAGUUUUCAGGCAAUUUGUGGAAGCGUGUGGUCAGGCCUUAGCCGUGAACGAACGUCUGAUUAAAGAAGACCAGUUAGAGUACCAGGAAGAAAUGAAAGCCAACUAUAGGGAAAUGGCAAAAGAGCUUUCUGAAAUCAUGCAUGAGCAGAUCUGCGCCCUGGAGGAGAAGGCAAGCGUUUUACCCAACUCCCUUCACAUCUUCAAUGCCAUCAGCGGGACCCCAACAAGCACAAUGGUUCAUGGAAUGACCAGCUCGUCCUCAGUGGUGUGACCAUGCUUCAUGGGCCACGUAGGGGACUUGCUUUCUAGUUUGCAAACUCAGGAUGAUUUCCUAAAGCUAAUCACUGGGGAGAUCAAGCACCGGGAGAAGCCAAGAGGAGUAAGAGAGAAAGGAGAGAGAGGACUGUGUUGUUUCUCAGCAGAUUUUUCUACAGAUGAUGUAAGAGGAUGCACCUAUUUUUUUAAAUCUCACUGGCAAUAUUCCAAGUUUUCAUUGUGUCUUAACAGAGGCAUGUGGUAGACACUUUUAAGCUGGAGUUCCAUUUUAUUCUUUCUUACAGAGUAGUAUUAAAAUAAGCGGCCUGAAGAAAAGGUGUUUCAGAAUGUACAUGGUAGAGAGAGCAGCACUGAAGCUGAGGCCUCAGGGGCCACAUUUUGCCUCUAGGCUGAGCUGGAAAAUCUUAAAAAUAUCCCCUCCCCCGCCCCACCCAUGGUAUAUUCAGGUUGAAUACAAAAACUAUUUUUGUGACUAGUUUUUGAUGACCCAAGGGAAACUGACCGUUGUAAUUUUUGUACCAGUGAACCAGGAGAUUUAGUGCUUUUAUACUCACUUCCUUGCAUUUAAAAAAUAUGAAAGCUUAAGAAACUAUGUGAGCUUAAAACUAGUCAAGCAAUUUAGCACCAAAGGCCUGUAUUAAUAAACACAACUAUGCUAAAAAGUUAAAAGUAGUAUGGUAUAUUGUGAUGUACAUAUAGUUUGUUAAUACAGUCUCAGUGUUCUGUACAUACCUGUAUUAUUACGUUUCUACAUUUUUUAAUACAUCAGCUUCUGAGUUAAGUUUAAUUGUGACAGAUUUGUGUUGUUCUUAGUAUAUGCAGUACACUGCACUGUUGUAUUCUUGUACAUAAAAGAAGUGCAAUAUGGAGAUGUAUACAGUCUUUGCUAUAUUGGGUUUAUAGACGGUUUUAAAACUUUCGUCAUUUUGCCAAAAUGGUGGAGUAUGUCAUUGGUGAAUUAUAAAUCCUGUGGUGAAUGGUGGUAUAAUUUAAAGCUUUCACCAUGUUAUAUUUUCUUUGAAGAUAUUAAUUUAGUAAUUUUAUAUUUGGGAAAAUAAAGGUUUUUAAUUUUAUUUAACUGGGAUCACUGCCCUGCUGUAAUUAAACAUUCUGUAUCACAUCUGUAUUAAAAUAACCUUGCUGA